GUUUCUGAGACUGCAAGACGCUUAACAAUCACGCGUUAAUACUUGAUACUUUGGGGGUCUCGAUCAGUAACGAGGUUGCAAGAAUUGCACAGAAACUGGUUCAACGGCUUCGAGGGGACCCCACAUUUGCAGACACCAUUAGUGCCCCUGCUUGCUAAUUAACUUAGUUAAUUAGUUUAUUUUCCAGUUCAUAGGCAACCCUCGAACGCGGGAAUCGGUGAUUCUCCAUUUCUGUCUAAACCUGCGAACAUGUUCAAGAAGUUCUCUUCUGAAGAUGUAUCUUCACAAAAUCAAGUGAAAGCAUCUGUGCAGCGCAAGAUCCGACAAAGUAUUGCAGAUGAGUACCCAGGCCUGGAGCCAGUUUUGGAUGAUUUGCUACCAAAGAAAUCACCUCUCAUUGUUGUCAAAUGCCAAAAUCAUCUGAAUCUGGUUAUGGUGAACAAUGUCCCACUAUUUUUCAACGUCCGUGAUGGUCCUUACAUGCCAACAUUGCGGCUUCUUCAUCAAUAUCCUGAUAUAAUGAAAAAGUUACAAGUAGAUAGGGGUGCAAUUAAAUUUGUCCUUUCUGGUGCAAACAUAAUGUGUCCUGGCCUUACAUCUCCUGGUGGUGCUUUGGAUGAUGACGCGCUAGCGGAAACUCCCGUGGCCAUUAUGGCUGAAGGAAAGAAACAUGCACUUGCAAUUGGCUUUACAAAAAUGUCAGCAAAAGACAUAAGAGCAAUCAACAAAGGAAUUGGUGUGGACAACAUGCAUUAUCUCAAUGAUGGUCUUUGGAAGAUGGAACGACUGGAGUGAAGAUGCAUUAAUUUAUCACUUCCACCAAUGUAAGAAUCCAAGUAUUUGUGUAUGUGGUAUGAUCGUUAUUUACUCAAUGGUGGGCUGGCGUGUUAAACAAGUACCAAAAGCAUCUUUAUUACCUAGAACGUGGAUGAUGGAACAUCCAUAUUGAUUUUUGACUUUUUUUUUUUUUAUGAGAAACAGUAGAAGAAAAGGUUGAGAUAAGUUUGUUUUGAGUUACUAUUUUCUUCUGUAUACAUUUGAUAGUUUUGUAAGUACAACCUCAUCAUUGAGAUGAAGUUUCAUGGAUUGAUGGAUAUUCUAUACAACUAUACAAGACAGUAUUUAGAGCGCA